AUGAAUUCGACUACAGCUGCAUUUCUGAACCAAGAUGUCUUUUACUUUGCUUUCCUAAAAAACUUCACAGUGGUUCUCCUUGGUGUUGUCAUCAACUACAUGAACACAAUGCUUGUCUUCACCUUCUUUAAGAACCAAGUUUUCUCGGAUAACCCACGGUACAUUCUGUACAUUCACAUGGUAAUCAAUGACAUCCUCCUGCUUACUUUGACUGUGAGCUUGCAUGUUUUGUCUUACAUAUUCCAGGCAUUAAAUGUUUCCCUCUGCUGCUUUAUACUUCUAAUCGCUGCCAAUGCCACUAUGAACACCCCUCUGAACCUGGCAGGCAUGGCCAUCGAGCGCUACAUCGCCAUCUGCCACCCCCUGCGCCACUCCCAGAUCUGCACUGUGCGCCGCACCUACAUCCUCAUUGCCUUCAUCUGGUGCGCAGGAGCCAUUCCCAGACUGACAGACCUCUUCAUUUUGUUUGCAACAAAGCCUCUAAGCCUUUUCUCCUCGAACAUUUUAUGUUACAGUUACGACGUGUUCCAAUUGCCCUAUAAAGAAGAGAAGAACUACGCCACCCAUGCAGUGUACCUGUUCUCUGUGUGGCUGAUACUGAUAAUCACUUACUUCAGGAUCCUGUUUGCAGCAAAGGCCGCAGCUUCAGACGCAGCUUCAGCUAAAAAGGCUCGAAACACCAUCCUGCUGCACGGAGCCCAGCUGCUGCUCUGCAUGCUGUCCUACAUCACUCCUGUGAUCGACACAAUUAUGCUUUCAGACUUCCCUCAGUACCGCACACACAUACUGUUCCUUACUUACCUGGUAUCACACAUUGUACCAAGGAUUCUGAGUCCUCUGAUCUACGGGAUAAGAGAUGAGCAACUUAAAAAACACAUGAAAAGGUACAUUUUGUGUAAGCAGAUUGUACAGAUCAGACCUACUAAAGAGCCUUUUGCCAAGGCCUGUAACCCAUAA